AUGGUAGCGGAGCCCUCCGCCUCCUCGAACCAGGGCUUCGAGCUGGUCGAGGCGAGAGGGCUCCCGCUUCACCUCGCCUGCUGGGAGCGCUUCGUGCGCUGGGCUCUGCGGCGGGCGCUGCAGAAGAGGACCUGGUGGGCAGUCGGCCGGUUCUUGACUGAGUGUAGGAGGAUCGAGGAAGAAGCUAGGGCCGACCAGAUGCUGGAGCAUAUCAAUCAGCUGAUGCAGGGCCAGAGGCAGCUCGCGGUCCAGCUACAGAACUUGAAGGCGGAGAACGCACGAUUGCGUCAGGAACAUCAAGAUGGUCUACGACAGUUACCAGAUCUCGUCCAGACGCUGACCUCGCUGGUCGAAAGUCGUGGCCAGGGCGCCUCUCCAGGACUAGUGGACAACCGAGGUAUCGGAAAACCAAGUGGAUUUUCAGGAGAUGAGAGUAAGUUCAGAGAGUGGAGCAAGAAGUUUGAGUUGAGGUCUCAGUGUAUGGAGAUAAGCUACGAGAAGCCAGAGGCAGUUACCAUCGAGGCGGUCAGCACAGCUUUCGGGGAUGACUCGGAAGAGCCGAUCGACAACAUCGCGGGCAUGAGAGAGCCCUUCGAUAUCGUGAGCAACGUGGCUUCGAACAACGGGUGUGAUUGCUGGAGGAAGUUGCACAAGAGGUGCGACCCUGCCACGGGAAGCCGCAAGAGGGCGAUUUUGAGGAACGUGUUGAGUCCCGGGCAGGCCAUUCCAGAUGAGCUUGGCUCGGCGCUGGAACGCUGGGAGGAGCUCGUGGCUAGAUACGAACGGAGACGCGGACGGGAUGGAGUUCGAGAGAGGCUGCCUGAGGAUAUUCGGAUGUCGGCGCUGGAGUCUCUUCUACCAGACGACUUGGGCAAGCAUGUCCGGCUUAAUCAGUCGAGGUUCGCCGGCUACAAUUCCCUCCGAGCGGAGGUGACGCAGUACAUCGAGCAGCGUGCCGGCAACCUGGUCAAGGACCCGCCGGUCACUGGCGGAUGUGGAGGUGGCAAAGGUGGCAAGGGCGACUCGAAAGGCAGGAAAGGAGACAUGUCGAACGUGACUUGCUACAACCGCGGGAAGAAUGGGCACGAAGCAGAUCGGUGUUGGCAGAAGACUCGACAUGGAAACGACUCGAAAGGCACCUCCAAAGGAGGCAAAGGCAAGAAGGGCAAGAAGGGCGGCAAGAAGGACGUGAAUCAGAUGGACGAGGACUGGGCGGAAGAAGUGGGUGCGCCGAGUGGUAGACAGUAUCGCACGGCAAGUGGACAGAUCAUCGAUGACGAGGGCCUGGGUGAGAUCAGAGGGGUUGACGAGAACAACAGGAGAGCUCGGUUUCGAGCGCGCCGAGCGGCUGUGACCAAGCCACUCGCCUCGGCCUCGAAGAUGCCGAGUGACAAGAUCGGCUACAUGGACAAGGAAGGUGGCUUGAUCUAUGGUGAGGACAGUGUUCCAGGUCGGCGGCUGCGACAGUUGGUGGAGCGUCUCAAGCGCGAUCAUCCAGAUGAGGGCAUUGGGCUUUGGCAAGAGAAAGAAGUAUACAACGUGUAUUUCAAGGGGGAUCCCAAGACGGCGGCCGCGAUGCGGAGCUCGACGAGUCGGAGUCCCACGAAGCCCGUCAACACAGUCGAGAGCGAGCUGGCCGCGCGUGCAAGGGAUCUGGCAGCAAGGACACCCUCGGCGCCUACGCAGAAGGAGAUUGAUCAGCACGAGGCGUCUGGGCAUGCAGUGUUCAGGGCAUGGUGUUCGGCGUGUUGUGAUGGGCGUUCUUAUGGGCAGCCGCGUCGUUUGGUUCCCAGAGAUGAGGAGAUGGAGGUUCCUGUUGUGUCCAUGGACUUCGGGCACCUCGACCGCGCCGAGGCGGGCGCGGUCCAAGAGGGCCAGGAGCGGAGGAUCACGUUUGUUGUUCUGCAUUGCCGAAAGUUGAGAUGUUAUGGAGCUACAGCUUUACCCGACAAGGGAACGGGAGAGUUUGUUGUCAGAGCGUGCUCGGAUUUCCUAGACUAUCUAGGUCACAAGAGGUUGGUUCUCAGGUCGGAUGGCGAGGAGGCGAUGCUAUCGCUCAAGAAGGCCAUCGUGGACAAGUGCGAGUCUAAGGACAUCAUCUUAGAGGAAUCGCCGGUUGGCGACCGCGCUGCGGACGGCCAAGUCGAGAACGCAUUGAAGAUCAUCAAGGCGCAGGUCCGCACCAUCCUGUUGGCGGCACAGUCGAGAUGGGGCAAGCGCCUUCCGUUCGGGUACGUGCUUGCGCUCUGGGCCAUCAGGCGCGCGGCCUCAGUCAUCAAUCGAUUUCGAGUUGGAGCUGAUGGACGCACUGGAGAGGAGUUGCGUACUGGGCGUAAGUGGGAGCGUGCGAGCGUGGCCUAUGGCGAGCGCGUCAAGGGCAAGAGGCUCGUAGCCGACCAAAGGAAGCGAGAUCUAGAGUCAAGAUUCUUGGAUGGGUUCUACAUUGAUGCGGACCGGACGUUCUCGAGCUUCAGGGCGAUCCCUGGACUUGGCAGCGAGGGCGUGGAGAGGAAGCUGUGGCUGCAGUACCUGCCCCAACUGGAGCUGUUCCACCAGCGGUCAUACCUGUCGGAGUUCAGGACGCGCGCGCUCGAGGAUUCGGUGAACUUGGGCGAUCAGAAGGCCAUUGACUUUCUGAACGAGAGGGCCCGUCAGGGCGCUAGUGAUGAUGGGGCGUUGGCGCCCGAUGCGAAGAGGCAGAUGGAGAGUCACCGGCUGCUACGUUCGGGAGCUCGAGUUCGCCCUCGCGAGUACGUCCUCGUGAGGAUCCUGGAGAUGGAGGUGGUGGUGAUCGGGUAUCUGCUGCGCUUCAGGAUGCUCCUGUGCCUGAGGCUUCGCGCUGUGGACAUGAACGUUGGAAGCUUGGAGGUUGAUUCGAGUGCCCCGCUGGAGUUGCAGUCCCUGGCGAUCAGUGAGCUUUUCAAUCCAGGUUGUUUCGCCGAGCUGGCGCCCGCUUUCGGAUUGGCGCCGGGGGUUGCCGCAGACAUUGAGCUUUUGAACGAGGACGGUGAGCCGUAUGACCUGAGCCUCGAGAGCAAUCAGGUCAAGUUUGAACGUGAUGUUGAAUUCGAAGACCCUUAUUUUCUUUGCUCUGCUCCGCCCUGCACGAAGUUCACGACGCCGCAGGCCCUCAGCCGAGGGAUGCGCAAGGAUGGGGAGGGGCACCAGUUGCAAGUUGAGAAUGACACGAAGUUGCUGCAUUUUGGAAUCCGGCAGUGUCGAAAGAGGCACGAGAAGAAGCGUUGGUUCUUGCACGAACGCCCUUGGUCGGCAAGUUCCUGGAGUGACCCAGACGCGGCCGCUCUUGCUUCAGAGCCGGGAGUUUAUGUUGUACGUGGAGAUAUGUGUUCUUGGGACCUGAGGGCCGAGAACGAGAAUGGAGAAAUGGAGCCAGUCAUGAAAGCAACGGGUCGGUUGACUAACAAUGGACAUCUAGCUGAACUCUUUAGUCGCAGGUGCAACGGCAAGCAUAAGCAUACGCAACUCAUGGGCAAGAGCAAAGUUCGGGGAGCCAAGUCCUACACGAUGAAGCUUAAUAAGGUUAUCCUUAAGGUGCUCAAGCAGGGGCUCGUGCGGAUCGGCGAGGUGAAUAGCGUGGCCCAGGCGGGCCCCAUUCCCGACCAAGAGAUAGAGUACUGGAUGCCUGCUGCGCCGUGCGACGGCGUUGCGGAGAGCGGCUUUUGGGAUGAUGUCAACGGAGGUUGGUUAGAUUCGGAGCUUGUCAGGGAAGCUAGGAAGCUCGAGAUGGAUUGGAUGAAGCGCCAGUCGGUCCACUCCGAGUGCGAUGAGUCCGAGUGCUACAAAGCGACGGGGAAGGGGCCGAUUAACACCGGAUGGGUCGACGCGAACAAAGGGGAUAGCGAACGAGUUCGAUAUAGGCCGACGUCGGAGCGCUCGGAGAAGUCCGCUGGCCUCGUCUUCGCCGGGCGCCCAGGCGGCGAAGCCGUCUGGGCCCUCGCCGCGCCGGCUGCCGCGGCCGCCCUGGACGCGCCCGCGCCUCGCGCGGGCGCCCCGCGCGGGCGAGGCAGCCGCGCGCCCACGAUGGAGGCCGCGGGCGGGCCGGAGGCGGGCCCGUCGAGCCCAGGCCCGUCGAGCCCGGGCAGCGGCGCGGCGGAGGCCCAGGGCGCACUCGCCGAGGGCCUCGGCCUCUCCUCGUGGAUGGCCUCGCCGGCGGAGCUGCAGGCCGCGGCCCUGGCCGCGGCGGGCGAGCCCGUGCCGGCGGGGGACGCCGGGCCGGGCCUGUCGUGGAAGCGGUGGGCGGGGCGGCGCGGCGGCCAGGAGGAGUACCAGCUGGGCGACGGGCUCCGCGGCAUGUUCUCGGGCGCGGCCACCUCCACGGGCCCACCACCCGUGGCGGACUCGGUGCGGGGGGCCAAGCACACCAUGGCGAACGCCAACUCAAGGUGA